CAGCCCGGGGGCUGCGGGAAGCGAGACCAGCUAAAAAUAGGUCCCUCCCUUCCCCCGCCCCAGCCAACUCGGCCACGCCGCGCUCCUCCUCGGGAUCCGGCCGGCGGGGGGAGCGGAGCAGCCGGGCCGCAGCCCCCCGAGCGAUGCCAGGCGAGGCCGCGCAGCGGGGGCGGGAGCGGGCGUGCAAGGCCGGCUGGCAGCUGCCGGGGCCCAGCGCCAAGUGCUGAGCGCGCCCCGCCCCGCCCCGCCCCGCCCCGCCCCUGCAGCGCCCGGAGCAUCCCCGCCGCGGCCGAGCCGGACAGGUUCCCCUUGGGUCGCCAUGCUGAUCAAGGAGUACCACAUCCUCCUGCCCAUGAGUCUGGACGAGUACCAGGUGGCCCAGCUCUACAUGAUCCAGAAGAAGAGCCGGGAGGAGUCGAGUGGGGAGGGCAGUGGGGUGGAGAUCCUGGCCAACAGGCCCUACAGUGAUGGCCCAGGGGGCAGCGGUCAGUACACCCACAAAAUCUACCAUGUGGGCUCUCACAUUCCCAGCUGGUUUCGAGCCCUGCUGCCCAAGGCGGCACUGCAGGUGGAGGAGGAGUCCUGGAAUGCCUACCCCUAUACACGCACCAGAUACACCUGUCCCUUUGUGGAAAAGUUUUCCAUUGAGAUUGAGACUUACUACCGGCCCGAUGCUGGCCAACAGACAAACAUCUUCAACCUCGGUGCUGCAGAGAAGAGGCAGAGGAUUCUGGACACGAUUGACAUUGUGCGGGACCCCAUCUCACCCAAUGAGUACAAGGCUGAGGAGGACCCCAAGCUGUAUCGGUCGGUGAAGACAGGCCGGGGACCACUCGGUGAAGACUGGCUGGAGGUCACAGCCAAGGGAGCCCUCAUGUGUGCUUACAAACUCUGCAAAGUGGAGUUCCGUUAUUGGGGCAUGCAGUCCAAGAUAGAGCAGUUCAUCCAUGAUGUUGGACUGCGUAAGGUGAUGCUGCGGGCACACCGCCAGGCUUGGUGCUGGCAGGAUGAGUGGACGGACCUGACUAUGGAGGACAUCCGGCAGCUGGAGGAGGAGACGGCCCGUAUGCUGGCCCAGAAGAUGGCCAAGUGCAACGAGACUGAGGAGGCCCCCUCAGCUACCCCCACCACUGUAGGCCAUGUUGAGCUGGGUGGCACCAAUGGGCAGGAGGGUACUGAAGCUCAGGGGGUCUCUGACACUUCCCCAGAUGAUACCUUUGCUAAGCAGUGGUCUCUGUCUUCCCGCUCCUCGCAUUCAUCCCAGCAUGGAGGGGGGGUGUCUCCCCAGAGUCUCUCAGAGUGGCGUAUGCAGAACAUCGCUCGUGACUCAGAGAACAGCUCUGAAGAAGAGUUCUUUGAUGCCCAUGGAUUUUCUCUGGGUGUGUAUGGAUGUAGAUGUCUGUCUCAUGGGCUGUCCCCUGCAGAGGAUCUAUCUGACAGUGAUGAGGUCUUUGCCAAGGAGAUGACCAAGUGGAACUCCAAUGACUUCCUGGACACACUGGAGCGACCAGGAGACCUGGAUGAGGGGCUAGGUGAUGGAGCUGCUGUGGCCAAACUUGAUGGAGAAAGGCUGACUGAGGCCAGCUUCUCUGAGGGUGGCUUGGCAGAGUGUGCAGCCCAGGCCUGCUGUAUCCACGCACUCUUCCUCAUUCUGCACAGUGGGAACAUCCUGGACCAGGGCACAGGGGAGCCAGGCUCCAAGAAGGCUGAUGUGCAGACCCUGGCUGCCACCUUUGAUGCUGUCACUCGUGUCCACUUCCCUGAGGCACUGGGCCAUGUGGCUCUGCGCCUGGUGCCCUGUCCACCCAUCUGUGCUGCUGCCUAUGCCCUUGUCUCCAACCUCAGCCCUUACAGCCAUGAUGGGGACAGCCUGUCCAGCAGCCAGGACCACAUCCCUUUGGCUGCCCUACCACUCCUAGCUACAUCCUCGGGUGGCUACCAGUAUGCUGUGGCCACUGUCAUUGCUCGUGCCAACCAGGCCUACAAUGCCUUCCUGCGUUCUGCUGAGGGCAAUGGCUUCUGUGGCCAGGUGGUGCUGAUUGGUGACUGUGUUGGGGGCAUCCUGGGCUUUGAUGCACUCUGCCAGAGCCGAGCAGGUACCACUGGAAGUCGGGGUAGCAGCCGCCGAGGGAGCCUGAGCACAGAACCAAUCUCUCCAGAGCUGCACAGUGGGAAGGACCCACUUGUCGAGGGGGCAGAUGGAGUAGGAGGGCCAAGCAGGGGCAGCCCUGAGCCAGGGGCACUUCUGCCCCCCCGGGAAUGCAGAGAUGUGGACUCUGUGCGACAGCAACACAACUUCCUAUGCAGCCUGCAGGCCAGUGUUCCCCCAGUGGAGGGGGAGGCACAGCGAGGCAGCGCGUGCGUGGUGCUGGAUGGGGCUGAAAGUGCAAGUGCCCGCCUCGAUUUCAAGGUGUCUGGUUUCUUCCUGUUUGGCUCACCCCUGGGACUGGUCCUCGCUCUGCGCAAGACGGUCAUGCCAGCCAUGGAUGUGGCCCAGCUGCGCCCUGCCUGUGACCAGAUCUACAACCUGUUCCAUGCAGCUGACCCUUGCGCCUCACGCUUGGAGCCCCUGCUGGCGAAGGCCUUCCAUGCCAUGCCCCCCCUGAGUGUGCCCCGCUAUCAGAAGUACCCACUGGGAGAUGGAACCUCUGCACUGCUGGCUGAGGCCCUGCAGAUGCAUUCUGCCCUCUUCCUCGAUGAUGCAGAGGUGACGGUUCCCGUCACCCCCACGAGUGGCUUUGCCGGCUUCUGGAGAGGCAGUGAAGUGGGUGAGAUGCCCACACCCACCAGCACCAGUGAGGUUGUCAAGAUCCUGGAGCGGUGGUGGGGUGUGAAGCGCAUUGACUAUUUGCUGUACUGCCCUGAUGCAUUGACUGCCUUCCCCACCAUCACUCUGCCCCACCUCUUCCAUGCCAGUUACUGGGAAUCCUCUGAUGUGGUGGCCUUCAUCCUGCGACAGGUAAUAGAGAAGGAGCGCCCCCAGCUGGCAGAGUGUGAGGAGAGCUCCAUCUACAGCCCUGCUAUACCCCGAGAAAAGUGGCAGCGAAAGCGCACACAAGUGAAGAUCCGGAAUGUGACGGCCAACCACCGUGCCAGCGAUGUCAUUGUCUGUGAGGGGAGGCCCCAAGUGCUGAGUGGGCGCUUCAUGUACGGGCCCCUGGAUGUAGUGACACUGACAGGGGAGAAGGUGGACAUCUACAUCAUGACGCAACCACUGUCGGGGAAGUGGCUGUACUAUGGCACGGAAGUGACUAGUGGAAGCGGGCGUCUGGCCUUCACCAUCCCACCCGACAAGGCCCUGGCCAUCGGCAUGUACCCUGUGCGCAUGGUGGUCAGGGGUGAUCACAGCUAUGCUGAGGCAUACCUGACCGUGGUGGCACGGGGCACGGAGGCAGUUGUAUUCAGCAUUGAUGGCUCCUUCACAGCCAGUGUUUCCAUCAUGGGCAGUGACCCCAAGGUGCGGGCGGGUGCUGUGGAUGUGGUGAGGCACUGGCAGGACUCGGGUUACAUGAUCGUCUAUGUGACAGGCAGGCCUGACAUGCAGAAGCACCGCGUGGUGGCCUGGCUGUCCCAGCACAACUUCCCCCAUGGUGUUGUCUCCUUUUGCGACGGUCUUACCCAUGACCCCCUGCGCCAGAAAGCUGCCUUCCUGCAGAGCCUACGCACUGAGGCAGAGAUCACUAUCAUGGCUGGCUAUGGCUCUGCCAAGGACAUCUCAGUCUACAGCUCCCUGGGGCUCUUGCCCUCCCAGAUCUACAUUGUGGGACGGGCUGUCAAGAAGCUGCAGAGCCAGUGUCAGUUCCUGUCCGAGGGUUAUGUGGCCCACCUGGCCCAACUGGAGGCAGCAUUGCUGGCACACUCACCCAAGGGGCCGCCACGGCCCACCCUGGGCAAAGGUACCUAUGGCUGUCCUGCACCUGUUGACUUCCUGCGCAAGCAGAGCCAGCUGUUGCGGUCACGGGGGCCCAGCCAGGCAGAGCGUGAGGGAGGCACCCCACCCCCACCCCAUGCUAAAGCCCGCAGCAUCAGCCUCAAGAUGGAGAGCGAAGAGUGAGAGCAGCCCUGCAUUGUGCCAUGCUGUAUUGCAGCAGGCAGUGCUCACCACAGUGGUGGCACCCCCCAGCUAAGAGCGACAUUCAGUCGCUGCUGCCUGAGCAGAAGCCCUCCAUGGGCCAGACUGCAGAAGAAGGAGAUGCAGGCGACAGCAGUGCCAGGGGCCUGGGUUUGGUGCCAGUGUCCCAGGCAGAGAGACUUCUGUGUCUGCACCUGAGAAUUUAUCCAGCGUAACUUCCUGCCUGCUCCAGCUCACAAACCCACCCAUAGGUCUUCCUCCCCAUCCUAGGCUGUACCCCUCAUUUCCACAGCAGCCCAGUCCAGUGUUCCUCUACCCCUCUGUAGAUACCCCUUCAGUUUUCAUGCACAGUCCUCUUCUCCCAGCACUUGAACUCGGUUAUUGUCUAAAGCAGACCAUGCUGCUCCUCUGGGGAACUAUGGCUAAGCAGGACCAUUUUCUGGAGAAUGGGAGAGUUGCUGUUGGAAGCUGGGAAACAUCCCCUCUGACUCCUCCUCCUCAGAUGAAGACUGGAACUGGCACAUUUCCAUCAGGCUCUGCUGUUGGCAUCAAAGCAACUGGGGUGGGAUGGGGUGGGGGAGAGGCAGCUGUCCCUUCCUUUGGGGCUCAGCAUUCUCCUCAGUCCUUGCUGAGUGCCCUGUGCCUCCUUCACCCUGCACCCCCAGGGCCUGCAUGACCCCCUCCACCUGUGAACAGACCUGACCCCCCCCCCCCCAUGCUCUGCGUCUGAUUCUAGAACCCAGGAUGAGGGGGGCUGAGGCCGUAGCAGGGAAACUGAGGCCACACUCCCUUUGGGCAUGUUUCCCCCCCAACUUGUAACUUAUUUCCUUUUGGUGUCGAGAGUUAGGGGGAGGGAGGGGAGGGGCCUGGAUAAUCUGUGGAUCUUUGUUUUGUUUGUGAAAUAAAACCCUAGAGAAGAGA